AUGGUGCUAGGACAGUGUUUGAGGAGUUUUACAUUCUGCCUUCUCCUCUUCUUUUUCCUGGAUUGUCUGUGCUCUGUGGCAGCGCUGACACCGAGGCAGAAGCAGCCCACGAGCAGUGAAGACACCUUUCCAGCUUUUUGGGAGCGUCUAGCCAGAGAAAAACUCAAACGGAGUAGUCAAUUCUUCCCUGCACCCCGGGCGCGUGCAAAGAAUGUCAUUCUCUUUCUGGGCGAUGGAAUGGGCAUACCGACGAUUUCUGCAGGUCGAUUCUUCAAGGCCGAGAUGGAAGGUCGUCUCAGCGAGGCAAAUCCAAUUCUAGACUUUGAAGAUUGGCCCUUUCAUACGAUGUGCAGGACGUACGAUUUGCAGACGACCGUAACGGACUCGGGUGGCUCUGCUACUGCCUACCUCGGUGGUACCAAAACUGGAACCGGAAUCAUCGGUCUGACAGGCGCAGUGCGUCCUAAAUCCUGUCGCAGGUAUGCACCUGAGGAGAGAGUAGAGUCCGUUUUAGAGGCAGCAAUGGAGGCUGGUAUGGCAACUGGGAUUGUCACCACGUCACGUGUCACUCAUGCCUCCCCCGCCGGAGCAUUCGCUCACACCGCCUCGCGCAAUUGGGAGUCCGACAGGCAGAUAGCGAAAGAUUGUUUCGGCGUCUCCGAGCCCCCAAUGGAUAUUUCCCGACAGUUGGUGGAGGAGAAUCUAAACAUCAAUGUAGUUUUGGGGGGCGGUUACCGCACUUUCCUUCCUCGAGAAGGUAAGGGCGAACGUAUCGAUGGUCGAAAUCUGGCAGAGGAGUGGCUGGCCAAUCAGAUGAAUCGAGGACGCCGUGCCAAGCUCAUCACUGACGCGACCCGAUUCCUGCUAACCGACUUCUCUGAGGUGGAUUACCUUCUCGGGCUCCUGAACCCCUCCCACUUGUCCUUUGACGCUGAUAGAGGGAAGGCUGAGCCGUCACUGGCUAACCUAACUACCACUGCAAUAAAGAUCCUCUCUCGUCAGCCAAAGGGGUUUUUCCUCUUCGUCGAGGGUGCACGCAUCGACCACGCACAUCAUGCCAACCUCGGCAAGAAGGCCCUUUUGGAUCUACUGGCAUUUGAGGAGGCAAUUCGCGUAGGCACGAAAAUGGUCAAUCUAAAGGAGACCUUGGUGAUAGUCACUGCGGAUCAUUCGCACUCGAUGCUGUUUGGUGGACAACCCGAUCGCAAAAGAAGCCUCCUCGAGUUGAACACUGAACUUGAUCGGCAUAUCCUAGAUGGAAAGGGCAUGCUUCCUCUGAUGUACACCAGUGGACCUGCCGGCGCGGUGAACACUACGCGUCUGAACCUCAGCGCUCUCUCCAACCCCACCUUGCAUGGCACCAAUUUCCAGCAGCCCACUUUCAUUCCAUUGCCCUGGGCAACUCACGGUGGCGAGGAUGUGGGCGUCUACGCCACAGGUGUUUUUAGCUACCUCUUCCACUCCACUGUGGACAACACCUUUAUUGGACAGUCUAUGAAGUACGCCUUGUGUCUGCGGCCCUUCGAAAUGGAGCCUCACUGCCCAGCCUGCGGUGGUGCUGAGCAGUGUAUUAAAGCGGCUUUGCUAGUUUUCAAUGCCGCUGCCUUUGCCAGUUUCCGAUGCCGCUGCCUUGUUGUAGUAAACCCUCUUGGUCUGGCAUGA